GUGUAGGCUGUGUGUUGACAGAGGAAGGCGACAGAGAGAGAGGGGAGAAAGGGGAGAGAGAGAGUGUGAGAGAGAGUGUGUGUGAGAGAGAGAGAGAGAAGUUGGUGAGCCACUUCGGGAAAAGUCGCUCGCGGAGCUUUAAUGUGGACGCACGCGCCGGAGUUCAAAGGCUAGAGCGCGAGAGACAGAAAUGAGGACAGGGUCCACGUGCAGGUGGUGUGUGUUAUGGAGCACAGUGCUGAGCGCAGUGUGUGUGAGCGCAGUUGAAAAGGCCAACAAAACAGUGAUUGGUCGACGCCCCCGACAGACAGAAGGGGUGGGGCUAGAAGGUAUAUGGGGCCCGUGGAGUGAGUGGGCAGCGUGUUCUCAGAGCUGUGGAGUGGGCGUGACUGAGAGGCGCAGACAAUGCAUGCCACCGCCCCAAACCUGGAGUGGGCCGAAUUACCUGCCAUCAGGUGUAUCAGGCCACACCCCCUUACUCCCCCCCCACAUGCCUUAUUACCCAUCUUCAUAUCCUGGCAAUGACAGAAUUUAUCCAGCUAAUCAGAGUCCUGGAUUACCUCUCUAUCGAGACACACAUGAAGGGGUAGGGCAAGAGCUGCCCAAUCAUGCCCCUCCUCUCUACCGACCGGAUUUCGUACCGCCCAAUCAGCAGCCGAUUUCAAUUUACCGUUCGCCAUCUUCUUCGUCCUUGCAUGCAUAUGGCCAAUCAGGGAGAGGAUCCAGACGGCCAGCCAAUGAGGGGACUGGAAGAAUAGGAGCAGGCGGGAGUAGGAGGUCAGUCUCCACCAAUAGGGAUCCAGCGUCUGUGAGAAGACCAAUCCGUCCUGGUCAGUUUGGUUACGGCAGGGUUCCGUACUCGCUCCCACUUCACCGCCAAAACCGGCACACACGAGACGCCCGUCUCCAUGGAAAUGCCACCGCUGAGCCACUGCAGGUCAAAGGCACUGCAGCUACACAGGAAGCGGAGAGCCAGCAUGAAGAGAAAGACGAACAAACAGAUGCAAAGCCGAAGGAGAGACAGAAACAGAGACAGAGAUCCAUCACGAGGCGUGCCCCUCCUCCAGCCUCUGCCCCCUUCUCUUCGCCUCUCCAUAGGCCACGCCCACUUCCAGACACACCACUCUAUGCUCCACCACCUUAUGUUCCACCCCCUGUGGUUCCAGUUCAGCACUACAGGUGCUCUGGGAAAGACAGAGAGAUUCGGAAGUGCACUAUAGAGGAGUGUCCCGGGUCCCAGGUGGACCCCCGAGCCGAGCAGUGCGCCGUGUUCAACAGUAAAGAGUUCAUGGGCCGCAUUUACGACUGGGAGCCUUUUACUGAAGGCUCAGUGGAUCAGCAGUGUGAGUUAACAUGUCGGCCAGUCGGCUAUCGUUUUUAUGUUCGUCAUUCAGAGCGAGUGAGAGAUGGAACCCCAUGUGUUAAUAACACCCCCAAUGACGUGUGUGUGGGAGGCCGAUGCCUGAGCGAGGGGUGUGAUGGCAUGUUAGGCUCGGGUGUGGUGCGUGACCGGUGCGGCGUGUGCGGCGGGAGUGAAGGAUCGUGUGUUCGCGUGUCGGGAAAUUUCCAGAACAGCAGCGUUCCUCUGGGCUAUCACAAAAUUCUCGACAUUCCAGCCGGAGCGACAGCCAUCAACAUCACAGAACGCAGUGCCAGCCCCAACUACCUCGCGUUGCGUAGUGGCACUGGUCAGUCCAUCGUGAACGGUCGCUGGGCUGUGGAUCCUCCGGGCGAAUAUGAAGCAGGAGGAACAACAUUUGUGUACACGCGCAACCACGGAGAAACACUCACCGCUCCGGGACCCACGCAAACACUGCUGCAGCUAUAUAUUAUUUUCCACAAGGAGAAUCCAGGUGUAGAUUAUGAGUACUACAUACCUGUGAAGAAGGACGCAGUGAGAGAGUGGGACGGAGGGAGCGCAUCUCUCCGAGAGACAAGUGCUGUAGUAGCCAUCGAAGACUCUGCCCUUCCUCCCAUCUCUGCUCCCUCCUCAUCUGAUAGGUGGACACCGGAGAGGCCCCGCCCCCACAAUUCUGGGCCUAAUCGUAAUGCUCGGAUCCCUCCAAGGACCGACAUCCCAUUGGAUAAUCAGAGUCCAUUUGUGUGGAGGCUGGGUCAGCUCAGUGAGUGCUCUGCUACCUGUGGCAAAGGUUCCCAGCACAGAGAGGUGUUGUGUGUGAACAGACACACUAAUGAAGAAGUGCAUGAGAGGAGAUGUGACUCCGCGUCUAAGCCCAUCGCAGAGGAGGAGUCGUGUAACCUACAUCCCUGCCCACCAUACUGGGAGGUGGGAGCAUGGUCUGAAUGCAGUGUGUCAUGUGGGUGGGGUCUGCAGCACCGCCAGCUCCAGUGCAGGCAGAAUUUCUCCAGCCGCUCCACCCGGGUCCACCCUCAGCGCUGCUCUGGGCUCAUGCAGCCCAACACUACCCAGGCCUGCCACACACACUCUUGCUCCCACUGGCAGAUCACCUCCAACUGGAGCGCCUGUUCAGUAGACUGCGGUGCGGGUAAAAGGACGCGGAACGUGCGCUGCGUUAGUGACCAUGGCGGUGUGGUGAGCGAAGGUGAGUGUAACGCCAGGAUCCGCCCACAAGGAAGUGAAGACUGUCACAUGGGUCCCUGCGUCUCCAACUGGUACUUCACUGAUUGGACGAACACAUGCUCCGCCCCGUGCGGUCCAGGUGUGCAGAAGCGUGAUGUGGUGUGUGUGUCGAGCGGAGCUGAUGGCAAGUGUGUGAAGGAGAAACCGGCUGAUAUGAAGGCAUGUAACUCGGGGCCCUGCGUGGCACACACACACUGGUUCGCUGGACCAUGGGGACAGUGCAGUGCUCAGUGUGGGAACGGAACCCAGCGCAGAGAUGUGAUCUGUGUUCAGAAGCUGGGAAAUGAUUUCAGCGUGACACCGGCCAGCGAGUGUGCGCACCUGGAAAAACCAUCCCCCAUCCAGUCGUGUGAAGUGGAACCAUGUACACCACAGUGGUACAGCACGGAGUGGAAUGCGUGCUCCAAGUCGUGUGGUGACGGAGUACAGACUCGAGAUGUUCGGUGUCUGACGCCGGAUAAACAGCCGAGCUUCGCCUGUGACUCCACCCACAAACCACACCCUGAACAGCCCUGUAACCCCGCCCCCUGCAGCCCCUCUCUAGAUGAGAGCUGUAAGGACCGACGCUCCAACUGUCUCAUGGUGGUCCAGGCUCGGCUCUGCGUUUACUCCUACUACAAAUCAGCUUGCUGCGCCUCCUGCACUCAGAGCGCUCAGAGAGCCAAACGCCACUGACCCUGCCCAGGGUCAAAGGUCAGCGACAGGGCAGACGACUAUGUAGCCAAUCACAUCACGGACUGACAUCAGUCUAAAUCGAGGAAGUGAAUUUAGACUGUGAAUUUAGACUUUAACAUUUCAACAGCUCUGUUUUGCUAUGGCUCUGUAAAUCAUGAUUAGUGCCACCCACCCACCCACACACACACACACACACACACACACACACACACACACCACACAUGAGCUCUAUAGCUAAAAAUUAAAUGCCCGCAAUCUCAACCCAGAUGCAGCCAAUCACCUGAGACAUGUCCAGGUUGUGAAGUUUACCUUAUUAGCUUUGCAGUGGAGCUUUGAGGCUAGUAUAGCUAACAUAGAAUGGAUGCUUAUAGCCACCAGUUUAGAGUUGUGCUCUAGGAGUGACUAAAAUGACAGUGUAGUUCCAAUUUAAAUUAAGAUUUAUACACAAAUGGUGUCUUUUGUGGUGUCUUUUGAUGCAUGAUGCUAAACUGGUGGCCCUUCCUUCUUAGCCACAUUAGCAUCAUAGCUCCAGUGCAAACAUGUCUCUGCUGAUUGACUGCAUUUGGGGUAAAGCUGAAAUUGUGUGCAUUUCUUUUCUUACCUUUUUUUUUUUGCUUUUUCUCAAAGUGAGAACUUUUUUAAAAUCCAGUAUAUGUUUGUUUUGUUUUAAAAGCACUAGAAUUUUCUGCGUUUCUAUGGCAACCUGAAAGCCAAACUAAACAGUACUAUACAGUGAUGAAUAUGUCUUUAAUAAAGAAAAAUGAGAUUUAUAUCCAUUUUACUCAUCAAGACUCAGUACACCUGAUUUUGUUCACAUUCCUCUGCUUUAUAAAUUAUAUAUAUAUAUAUAUAUAUAUAUAUAUAUAUAUAUAUGUAUAUAAAUAUACAGCACUGUGCAAAAGUCUUAGGCACAUGCAAAGAAAUUCUGUAGAGCAAAGAUGCCUUCAAAAAUAAUCAAUCUAAAUGUUUCUACAUUAAAAAAAUACUAUAAAGAACAGUAAACAGUAAUAAAUGAAACAAAGUCAAUAUUUGGUGUGACGAUCCUUCGCUUUAAAAAAAAUUGUAGUCUCAGGUACAAUGUGUGCAGUUUUAUAAGGAAAUGAGCUGUAAGUGUUACUGAGCAUCUUGCAGAACCAGCCACAGUUCUUCUGGAGACUUUGACUGUCACACUCGCUUCUUAUUUUUGCAGCAAAACCCAGCAGUCUUCAUUACGUUUUUUUGUCUGAAACGUGUCUCUUAUGUAAUAUGCAGCUUUCUUUACUUUGUAUGUUUGACAUACAAACAUUUUUCUGUAAAAUUUAAUUUAGUGCUGGAAAACUAAUGUUUGGAAUCUAAAAUGUUUUUGUACUGAAUCAAGAGUAGAGAAUAAAGUUUGUACUAAAAAAAAUAGGGUGCCUAAGACUUCUGCACAGUACUGUAUAUGUAUGUGUAUAGAUAUAUAAAUACAUACAUACAUACAUAUAUAUACACACACACACACACACAAUGUUUCAUAUUAGACAUAUAGUGCACUACAUAGGGUGCAGCAAUUUUCCUACCUUAGUAGACCAGAGCUACAUUUUCUGUGUAUUGCACUACAUAGGGUGCCAUUAUUUUUUUUUACUCUUAUGUAGUGCACUUGUACUUGUAGUAGUGAGCUGAAUCAGUAACUGUUCUCUAGUGGACAUAUAGUGCACUAUGUAGGGGGUAUUAUUUCAUACCCUAUGAAAUACACAAAUAUAUUAGUGUGGAGCUAAAUUUCCUAUGCAGUGCACUUUAUAGAAUUUUAGCCCUGCCUUAAUAUAUUAGUGCUCUUUAUAUGAAAUAACAAUGCCUACUCCCUGUGUAGUGCACUAAAUAUCCACUAGGGAAUUAUAGCGUCUGAUCAUUACUCCCUGUACAAGUGCACUAUGUGGGAUAAAUAAUGACACCCUAUCAAGUGGACUACAUAGAGGUUUUAGCUCUGUCCUAAUAUAUUAGUGCAAUUUAUAGGGUAUGAAGUACUAGCCCCUACAUAGUGCACUAUAUAGAAAAUAUAGCUCUGCCCUAAUAUAUUAGUCCACUUAAUAGGGUAUGAAAUAAUGGCAUGCUAUAUAGUGCACUAUAUGGUCCGUACCCCCCAUGUAGUGCACUACAUGUCUAUAAUAGAUGCAUUUGGGAUGUUUUUAUUAUUCCAGCUAACUCAGUUUAUUUAUCAUGGCUGAAUUCCAAAUAUAUCUAUACUCCCUGUAUUACUGUACUAUCAAGGGUGUGAAAUAAUAAAGCAAUAAUAAUGCAUUCACCAUGUGAGGUUUAACCAAUGUGACACACUGCAAACUGAUCAAAGCUUAGCCAUUCCAGUUUUAACACACACACACACACACACACACACUGGCUCUUUCCUCCUCUUGUAUGUGAGUCAAUUUACUGUCUUUUUUUUUCAGUUGUAUGUAUGCAUGUACAUUUUUAUUUAUGUUAAAAUUCACACCUUAUUUUAAAUGCAUCCUUAAAUAUGAAGGUGUGUUAGAGUCAGAGCAGAAAUUACUAUGAUUGGUUGUCUGUGGCCAAUAAGAAAUGAGAGGGGGUGGGAAUUAAGGAGGCUUGUUUUUUUUUGUUUGUUUGUUUGUUUGUUUGUUUGUUUUUUACACUAGCCACAUUGCUAACUUCAGUAGUGCUUUAACACGUCAAGCCAAAUAUGAUUGUGUGUGUGUAUGUGUGUGUGAGAGAGAGAAAUACAAAAAUAUGUAAAUGUACAUACUUGUGUGUCUGUGUAUAGUGCCAUAAUCAAAUAUUAGCAACUAGGAGCUGAAAUAUACUUUUAUAUAAAAAUACAGAUAGUUAUUUAUCGAGAAAUAUUUACAUAAUUUAUUUUUAUUUCGCAAAACGAAGCAUAUGUUAUUAUCUUCUGAGGUUUAAGAACAAAUUGUGAUUGUAAAAUAAUCAUCUUUUGUCAUUAUAAAGAGGAAAUGUGUGCUAAAUGCCAUUGCAGUGCUGCAGAAUAAAGAAAACAGCAACGACCAGA